GCUCCGCCUCCGAUGUCCGAGCGGGAAGUUCAUUCGCGUUUGCUAAUAUGUUUCAAAGUUAAAAAUUUUCGGUGAAUUGUUUGCCAAGAUUUUAUAUUUAUACUUUCUUUUGUUUGUUUGCGGGUUUUACUUGGGACUAACAGACACCUCUGCGACUAUGUCCGGUGAUUUUGAAGAGAAAAACUCUGCGCCUAAGAGUUUUGGACAGUGUAACUACACAGCUGAAGAGUACCAGGCGGUGCACAGUGCCCUGCGACAAAAGCUGGGACCAGAGUACAUCAGCACCCGCCUGGCUGGAGGUGGACAGCGGGUUUGCUACAUUGAGGGCCAUCGUGUAAUCAGCCUGGCUAACGAAAUGUUUGGAUACAACGGAUGGUCUCACUCCAUCUCCCAGCAGAAUGUCGACUUUGUAGACCUCAUCAAUGGGAAGUUUUAUGUUGGAGUCAGUGCGUUUGUUAAGGUGCAGCUGAAGGAUGGGGCAUUUCAUGAGGAUGUGGGUUACGGAGUGAGCGAAGGGCUCAAGUCAAAAGCGCUGUCACUAGAAAAAGCGAGGAAGGAAGCGGUCACCGAUGGAAUGAAGAGAGCGCUGAAAUGUUUUGGUAAUGCUCUUGGAAACUGCAUCUUGGAUAAAGAAUAUCUCAUUGCCAUUAACAAGAUUCCCAAACAGCCUCCUCCGCCUCUUGAUCUUGGCCAGACCAAGCGAUGUGAGGGAGAGCCUUCUGUGGAAAAAGCACGGUUUUCCAGCCUGGUCCGAGAUGAAAAGAUGGUGCCUGUGACCGGAGCUGCCAGGGUGUCAGGGAAUCCCCAAGUCCUAAACCACAACUGUUCUGGAGUUCACACUCCUGAUCCUCGUCCUGUCCUUGAUAAGAUGAGUGACAACAGCUCCAGACCUGUGCCGGCAUUUGAGACGGACACAGACCCGAAAAUGCUGAGAAAACUCCGGCAGCAGCAACUUCAGCAGAAGUUUAGGCAGGAGAUGGAGGCCAAGAAGCUGCAACAGAGACAGGAAACCAAGUGUGCGGGUGCAGAAGUCGUUACUGCACAAGCAUCCAGUGGGGACAGCUGUUCCCCAGAUGAUCCUGACCUUUGGGCUUUCACCCUGGAUGGGAUUGAGGACUUGGAUGUCCCAGCAGAUGACAGUCUGUCCAGGGAACUGAAGCCCAGCACUCCAAGGAGUCACCAGAUGCAAACGCGCAGUAAAACCCCACAGACAGCCCAGACUGCACCUACAGGCAAAGUCUCCACAGUUGGCGCAGGACAAAACCAACACCGGUCAAGACCAGGUGAGACAGACGUAGAGUUGGGUUUCUCUCUGCUCAAUAUCAUGAUGUUUAAUUUACUUUUCCAGGUGAAGCCUCCAGUCCAUACAGACAAGGACAGAACAUGAAGAAACGCAGACUGGACACUUAAAUCUUCAUAGCCUCCUUUGCACUUUUCUACAAUUGAGGGACAUUUUACCUUUAUUUUUAUAUUUAUUUGUCAAGUUCAUUUUAUAAUCCCCCAUUUGUAUAAAUGUUUUGUAAAAUAAACCAUGAAUCGUUUAGCUGCAGUAAUUCAGUUGUGUUCAGGUUUAAAGAUUAGAUAGAGAAUUUUAAAUCACUC